AAUUUCAAAAGAUAUAUUAUAUUUAUAUGCUUAUCCAUUCAGCUGUUCCCAGGGAAGCAGCAGCAGCGCAGCAGUCUGUCGGACUGGUCGGACCACCCGUCGAACCCGACUCCGACUGCACUGGCUGCGAUUCUAUGCCUGGUCUACACUCCUGGUAAUCGCCCCCCAAGAGCCUAGCGGACCGCAAUGGCGAGCUCGACCGACGGCCCGAGGGCCGAGUUCGUCGUCGGCGGAAAAUACAAGCUCGUCCGCAAGGUGGGCAGCGGUUCGUUCGGAGACAUCUACCUGGGCAUCAACAUGGCGAACGGCGAAGAGGUGGCCGUCAAACUGGAAUCCUGUAAGGCCAGACACCCCCAGCUGCUGUACGAGUCCAAGCUCUACAAGAUACUGAUGGGCCACGAAGGGAUUCCGCACACAAAGUGGUUCGGCACCGAGCGCUCGUACAACGUCCUUGUUAUGGACUUGCUGGGACCGAGUCUCGAAGAUCUGUUCAAUUUCUGUUCGAGACGCUUCACUAUGAAAACGGUGCUGAUGCUCUUUGACCAGAUGAUUGGGCACAUCGAGUACGUCCACAUGAAGAACUUCAUCCACAGAGACAUCAAGCCGGACAACUUUCUCAUGGGCAUCGGCGGUCACUGCAACAGGCUGUUCCUCAUCGACUUCGGCCUGGCCAAGAAGUACCGAGACAGCAGGAACAAGGUGCACAUCCCGUACCGGGAAGACAAGAACCUGACGGGCACGGCCCGCUACGCGUCCAUCAACGCGCACCUGGGCAUCGAGCAGAGCCGCCGUGACGACAUGGAGUCCAUGGGGUACGUCCUGAUGUACUUCAACCGCGGCAGCCUACCCUGGCAGGGUCUCAAGGCCGCCACCAAGAAGCAGAAGUACGAGCGCAUCAGCGAGAAGAAGAUGUCGACCCCCGUCGAAGUCCUCUGCAAGGGAUUCCCUGCUGAAUUCACCAUGUACCUCAGCUACUGUCGGGGUCUGCGCUUUGAGGAGGCUCCGGACUACAAGUAUCUGCGCCAGAUCUUCCGCAUCCUGUUCCGGACUCUCAACCACCAGUACGACUACAUCUUCGACUGGACCAUGCUCAAGCAGAAGGCAGCGGCCUCGGCGGCCGCGUCUGGCGGUGCCGCGGGCCAGUCUGGCACAACUCCGGCUGGACUACCGGCCCCUGGACACCGCUAGAGACGCUUUCCCCCAUGGGCGAGGGGGGCGCGCUUGCAUGUUGUAAACCUCGUGACACAGCUUGUACAGAAUAAAGCUCGCUUUCAAGGUCGCGGGCUAUUUUGGGGUAGGUUUAGCGAGCCCGGCGAAUCGGUGUCGGCGAGCUAGCAUGGUGCAGGUGACUGCAGUCAUUGUCCAGUUUAGGAUUUACUCGUGCUCAAGCUACUGCCCACGAGCAUGGCUACCUCCGAAACAGAAAGUAGGCCGGUUGGCCACAUCCUAAUGGAACAAAAUAAGUGCGCCUCUCAGAUGGCCUCGUCCCAACAGUCUAGCGAGCCAGGUUCCCUUGCGGCCGUGUUGUAGCCAAUCGGAUUCCCAGAUGGCUCCGACCUUGAGCUCCCUUUGGCAGCCAUUUUGCAGUUAUUUUGUUUCUUAGGUAGCCAUUGUUAAGUGAAUUGAGACAUUUUGGCAGGCAUGUUGUGUCAAUUCAAAUCCUAGCUGGUGAAACACUCUUAGCUACGUUACAACUGAUCAAACGCUUACAUGAUCGUGAUCGCUCAAAUGGACCUUUCUGGAACGUAGCGCGCGCCCUCGAGUGUUGUGUCUAAGGCAUUAUGGGAACACUGAGAGCCGUUGCCGUACCUUGUCGGUCGAUACGUCGCAAUCAUUCUCUUAAACUCCUUGUCCUUUGGAAAUGGAUGCCACGACAGGUAGUGAUCUUUCGGGGUGAUGUGGUCGCACCCUGAUACGCAGCACGUCUGUCCACUGCCUUUUUUUGGAUGGGCUAUUGUUUUGAAUGGGCCACCAUUCUUUUUUUAAUGGGCCAUCCCGUGCAGGGGCUAUGCACCAAAAGAGAGGUAACAUUCGCAUAUCCAUGUUUUUUUAUUUUGCUAUGGGGAUCGGUUGAGCUAGUGGUUUCCUUUCCCAAAACAUAAAAGAAAGAAAUGUGUUCCGUCCCAACAUUGUUUGAAGACCAUCAGCUCACCUGUGUGCUUGAAUUCACUAAAACUAAUGCUGCAGUUCGGGCAGUUGCGUGCGCCACCUAGCAUGGAAAAGCUAGACUAGGCUCGGCUUGCCUUGGCUACAAGACGCAACACCUUCACUAUUCCCAUAAUGUCCCGGAGCGCUCACUGGUGGCACUGGCGUUUCCAGAAAGGUUCACUGGGUGUUUUUGCUAGCAAGUUGGUGGCUAUUUAGGUUGUAAGCAACCAUAUAAUGCCCACCAGCGUUGUUUGGUAGGCCACGUAGAGAAUCAGGCUCUUCGGUGAUCAAACUGGUAAAUUGUUCUUUUGCAACGGUAGCCAUAUUCCGACCAUUCCGAUACUUGUGCAUAUGGUGCCAGUCUCAAAGUUAUGGUUCGUACAACUCGUUUCCGGGUACUCAAUGGUAUGUGCAAGUCAUCCGUCCUCGCAAAAGAAAGGAACCUUGAACGGGGCUUACCCGACAAAGAAUAUACCUAUUUAUGGCAGCCAGUUUCCCCGAUUUGGGUUGGCAUAUUCUGUUCAUCUCGGCUGCACUCUUUUGUUUCCUUUGUUUUCAUGCAAGAACUUCGAGCUGACCGUGUUCUUGAUAGCACUGUAAACGGAAUUAGCUUUAUUUAUUUCAAAUGCUGCCGGCCCUUUGGGGUCACUGCAGAGAAAUGUCAUAUGAAGGAGUGACAUUGCAGUAUUUAACAUUUCCCACGAUGCAGUACUCAUGGUCUGGGCAUAUUGGGCGUGGGAAAUAGUUGUAUGUGCUUGUUAUGUCUCAAUGUUUCGUCACUGCCUUCGCUCCGAAGAAAGCCCUUAUGUUUCAUGCAGACUCAAUAAAAGAAAGUAAUGCUUGA